UGUAGCGAACGGACGUCGAUGAGACUUUUCUUUCCGUCAUGCAAUAAUUUUUGUCAUUCAUGAAAUCGUCGAUAAAAAUUAUUUUAGAUGGUGGCACAUCUGUGGACGUUGUUUGAAAAAUAGUAUUUAAUAAUGUGUUAGUAUUUCAUUUUAAAUAGUUCUUGGUCAUAGUUAUAAUAGGUGUGUGACAAGUUUAGUUCGGUAAUGGUGGCCAUGUCAUGAAAAUCCCUACAGCCAUGGAUGAUAACUCCGUAUCUCAUCACAACGGAGGGCAAGUGGGAUCUCAAAUUGGAGUCAGUGUAAAUAAUAAACAAAAUGAAGAACCCAGUCAAAGUGUUCAGUAUUCAAUACCGGGCAUUUUGCAUUUUAUCCAACACGAAUGGGCGAGAUUCGAACUGGAGAGAUCACAAUGGGAGGUGGACAAAGCAGAAUUUGAGGCACGGAUCGCCUUUCUCCAAGGUGAGAGGAAGGGUCAAGAAAAUUUAAAAAAUGAUCUCGUGAGGCGGAUUAAAAUGCUUGAAUAUGCAUUAAAGCAAGAAAGAGCAAAAUUCCACAAGCUCAAGUAUGGAGUGGAGUUGCAACAAGGAGACGUAAGGCCCCCGCCGGAAGAGUCAGCGACAGAGCCCGAACCAGUGGAACGCACGCAAUGGAAGCAGGGAAGACAAUUUAUAAAACAGUACUUGCAGGAAAUAGGCUACACGGAUACAAUUCUGGACGUGCGCUCGAAUAGGGUACGCGCUCUCCUCGGUUUGAAGAACGAGGAUUCAGAUAACUCGAACUACAGAAACUAUGAAAAACAACAGCACGACAGAUGCGAUUACUCUGCGAACCAUAUGGUUCGCAAAUAUGACUAUGGUAAAGAGCCACGUAAGACGAGCGGUUCGUCUGGAGGCGGUUACAAUGAUGAAGGGAUGUCCGUACAGGAGACAGCUGCAGUAUUCGCUAACUUCGAGUUCUUGACCAAUCAAGAAAUGGAUAUGGACGAAAUUGACGAUCUCGAUGCCAAACAGACUCUUCACGCUUCUGGUAAACAGGGUGAAGAGGUCGAUCAUGAAGCAGAAGAAGUUUUGAAUGAGCUUAAUAUGCUUACUAUAAAUGAAGUCGUAAGUGCUGGCCAGGGGGAUGAGUAUCAAGGUGGAGUAACGAGCGGCGGCAGUGCGAGUGCGAGUGCGGCGUCGAGCAGCGUCGGCAGCGGGAGCGGCGCCGGGGAGGCUGACGAGGAGACGCUCGGACUCGGAGAGCUUGCCCAGCUCACCGUCAGCAACGAGCCCGAAGCUUAUGAUGUUGCCGGCGCUAAUAAAGAAUCUUUCCGCAAGACGUGGAACGCCAAAUACACGCUCCGCUCGCACUUUGAUGGGGUCCGCGCUAUCGCAUUCCAUCCGACAGAAGCGGCGCUGGUGACAGCAUCCGAGGAUCACACAUUGAAGUUAUGGAACUUGCAACGUACCGUACCUGCGAAGAGAUCGGCUGGUCUGGAUGUGGAGCCACUGUACACGUUCCGCGCGCACUCAGCGCCCGUGCUCUGUCUCGCCAUGGGGGCGCCGCGCUCUGAGGAAUGCUUCUCCGGAGGGCUCGACGGCACCAUUCGAGUCUGGAACCUACCUCCUCCCACCGCUGACCCGUACGAUCCGUAUGAUCCCGCUGUCCAGGGUGCGGUUCUACGCGAACACACGGAUGCGGUGUGGUCGCUGGCGAGUGCGUGCGGACGACUGGCGUCUGCAUCGGCGGACGGCACGGUGCGGCUGUGGGCGCCGCGAGCCCCGCGCCCCCUGCUGGCGACGCUGCGUCCGGACGACGGCCCGCCCCCCGCCGCCGGGCCCGCCUUGGCGCCCUCGCCCGCGCCCGCUGCUCUCGACUUUGCCGACGCAGCCUCGCGAGCCGCAGUCGCUUACCGCGACGGAUCUCUUCUGCUCUACGACCUUGAGACUGGCCAGGCCGUGUUGCGGUUGGGUUGCGACAGUCCCGCGAACCGCGUUCGUUCUCAUCCGACGCUGCCGAUGUUGGUGACCGCGCACGAGGACCGACACAUUCGGUUCUGGGACGCGGUCUCGGGGCAGUGCUCGCACGCGAUGGUGGCCCACUUGGACGCCGUCACGGGACUCGCUCUCGAUCCCAACGGACUGUUCCUGCUAUCGGGCUCGCACGACUGCUCCGUGCGCCUCUGGAAUCUCGACACGAAGACUUGCGUGCAGGAGAUCACCGCGCACCGCAAGAAGUUCGACGAAAGCAUCCUCGACGUCGCCUUCCACCCGUUGCGGCCGUACAUCGCUAGUGCGGGCGCCGACGGUCUCGCCAAAGUAUUCGUCUGAAUCGCGCGCGUCGCUCUAUAAAUAGUAUACAUACGUGUUAUUUUGUUUUGAAUGCGAACGUUUUGUAAGCGUCGGCCGCCGCCGUGUCUAGUCCCCGGGCCGACCGGAGCAAGCGACGCGUGUGCUGUGCAUGACCGCCUACGACUGCGGGACCGGUUCGCGUCGUCGUAUCUAGUAUUGUAAUGUAAUGACGCGCGCUAGACGCUCCCUUUGGGCGCGUACUGAACACUCAUCUAUGUAUAGACAUUUGAAAUCUAUUAUAAUAUAUUUUUAGACUUUCAGUACGUGAAUUUUAGGUUUUAUCGCGACUUUUUCACCAGUUUUACGAUAUGCAGUGAGAAUAUUGUUCGUUUGUAUGCAUCGUUAAGCGAUCUUAUGAUAAAAAUAUUAUAUAAUAAUAUACAGAUGGACACCGAUGAUAUUUCUAUUAUAAGUUUUUAUGUGUCUGUACAGUUAGUAUGUUACGCAGUAUUUUGUAUUCUAUUGCAAAGAAUGAAUUGUCUUUCUUUAGCUUGGAUAUUUAAUUUUAAAUCAAUUCAAUUUCUAUGAAAAAUUGUUUAAAAUGCUCUCAUAUAUAAAUGUGAGUGGUGAGCGUUCGAACAAAAAAGAGUAGUGUUACUAUAUCGAAACUAUGUAAGUAAUGUUUGUUCGUAAUGAGUACUGCGGUUGUAGAGUAUAAUUGUAAAACAUUACGUAUUCCUUUAUUUUCCUCGAAUUCAUACUUGUACACAUACAUCCCAAAAUUGAUAGUAAAAAGCAACAUAACCGAAAUCAA